CCAUAUAUAUUACCAUUAGCGCCUAAAACCACCCGCUGUCUGAAGUUCGGCUACUCUAAAACCCUAGAGAAAACCAUUUCCUCUCUUCGUUGCAGCCUACACACUCGCAGCUUAUUGCUUAGUUUUCCGAAAAUUCAGCCAUGUCGGGCGUUGAGAUUUCUCGUUCGGAGAAGAAAAAGAAGAAGCACCGGAGUAAGGAUGACGAAGUGUCACCGGCUGUCGGUUCUGAUGAGCAGCCGCCAAAGGACGUUGCCGACUUUAUGAUCAAGCCUCAAAGUUUUACUCCUCCGGUGGAUACAUCUCAAUGGCCUAUUCUUUUGAAGAACUAUGAUCGUCUCAAUGUACGUACCGGUCACUACACUCCUUUGCCGUCCGGUUUCUCCCCACUCAAGCGGCCUCUGGUUGACUACAUCAGGUAUGGUAUUCUCAAUCUUGAUAAACCGGCGAAUCCUUCGUCGCACGAAGUUGUGGCUUGGAUUAAAAGAAUUCUUCGGGUUGAGAAAACGGGUCAUAGUGGUACUCUCGACCCGAAGGUUACUGGGAACCUGAUAGUGUGCAUUGAUCGAGCCACGCGGCUCGUGAAAUCGCAACAGGGUGCGGGUAAGGAGUAUGUUUGUGUUGCUCGAUUGCAUUCUUCUGUUCCCGAUGUUUCUAAGGUGGCUCGGGCUUUGGAGACGCUCACCGGGGCUGUGUUUCAGAGGCCGCCGUUGAUAUCGGCUGUGAAACGACAGCUUAGGAUUAGAACUAUAUAUGAAAGCAAGCUUCUUGAGUAUGAUGCUGAUAAACAUUUGGUUGUGUUUUGGAUUUCUUGUGAAGCUGGAACUUAUGUUAGGACGCUAUGUGUGCACUUGGGUCUGAUUCUUGGCGUUGGAGGGCAUAUGCAAGAACUUAGGAGGGUAAGAUCUGGGAUCUUGGGUGAGAAGGAUAACAUGGUUACAAUGCAUGAUGUGAUGGAUGCUCAAUGGGUUUAUGAUAAUUUCAAAGAUGAGAGCUACUUGAGGAGAGUAAUUAUGCCUCUUGAGGUGGUUUUGACGNAGAUUUACUAGUUUGCUUAAUCCCUAAUAUGANUCAAGGAUUCUGCUGUUAAUGCUAUUUGUUAUGGUGCUAAGUUGAUGAUUCCAGGGCUGUUGAGAUUUGAGAACGAUAUUGAGGUUGGGGAAGAAGUUGUACUCAUGACCACCAAGGGUGAAGCCAUUGCUCUUGGUAUUGCAGAGAUGACUACUUCUGUGAUGGCAACUUGUGAUCAUGGUGUAGUUGCAAAGAUCAAAAGGGUUGUGAUGGACCGAGAUACUUACCCAAGGAAAUGGGGAUUAGGUCCAAGGGCAUCAAUGAAGAAAAAACUUAUUGGAGAAGGGAAGUUGGACAAGCAUGGAAAACCAAAUGAGAAAACUCCUUCGGAGUGGAUGAGGAAUUUGGUUUUACCCACUGGUGGUGAUUCUUUGGUUGCUAGCGUGUUUGCUACUGACUCUGCAACUGUUGAUGAGGGUAAGCAAGAGACAGAAAAAGAUGGUGGAGGGCGUAAGCGAAAACAUGAUGAAGAAACCGAAGCUGCUCCUGCUAAGAAACUGAAAGCUGAAAAGACUGAAGAUGCCGAAGAAGUUGAAGAAGGCGGGAAGAAAGAAAAGAAGAAGAAGAAGAAAGACAAAGAGAAGGGUAGUGGUGAACCUUCGGACGAGGAGAAUACUGAGCGGUCGGAGAAGAAAAAGAAGAAGAAGGACAAAGAGGGUAAAGAAGCAGGUACACCGGAGACACCGAAGUCGGAGAAAAAAAAGAAGAAGAAAGAUAAGGAAUCUGGCGUUGGUGAUGUUCAAAAUGGGGAAGCAGAUGAUCAUGUUGAUGGGAGUGAGAAGAAAAAGAAGAAGAAAAAGAAGAAUAAAGAAGAUGCAGAAGAGUAAGUUAGAGGGAUCAGAUUCUUACAUUUUAUUUGGGUAACUCUGAUUGUAUGGCUGUCCAUUUCAGUUUCUUCUAGAUUUUGCAAGUUCUUUCUUUCUUUAUUACGCAUUUGCUGUAGAAUUUUUGUUUCAACAUUUCGACUCUGUUCGAUUCUACCAUAGUAUCUUCCUGGCUAUCAUCUCUUGGAUU